UGCAAUGGAAGUCAAAGGGAAGAAAAAAUUCACAGAAAAGAGUUCAAAGGUAUCACAAGAAAAAAACAGAUUUCAUAAAAAUAAUGCUUCUGGUUCUUCAAAGUCAUUCCCAAGAAAAGUUGCUAAGCAAGGUGGAUCUAAAAUUACAUCUAAGAACUUUGAGAAAAGUGCCACAAAACCUGGGAAAAAGGGUGUGAAGCAGUUCAAGAGUAAGCAACAGGGAGACAAAGCACUGAAGAACAAAUUCCAGCAGGCAAAUAAAUUCAACAAGAAGAGAAAAUUCCAGCCAGGUGGUAAAAGUGAUGAAUCAGCAGCCAAGAAACCCAAGUGGGAUGACUUCAAAAAGAAGAAGAAGGAACUAAAGCAGAGCAGGCAACUCAGUGAUAAAACCAACUAUGACGUUGUCGUUCGAGCAAAGCAGAUUUGGGAGAUUUUAAGAAGAAAAGACUGUGACAAAGAGAAAAGAGUAAAGUUAAUCAGUGACUUGCAGAAGUUGAUUCAAGGGAAAAUUAAAACCAUUGCGUUUGCUCAUGAUUCAACUCGCGUGAUCCAGUGUUACAUUCAGUACGGUAACGAAGAACAGAAAAAACAGGCUUUUGAAGAAUUGCGAGAUGAUUUGGUUGAAUUAAGUAAAGCCAAAUAUUCCAGAAACAUUGUUAAGAAAUUUCUCAUGUAUGGGAGUAAACCACAGAUCGCAGAGAUAAUCAGAAGUUUUAAAGGCCACGUGAGGAAGUUGCUGCGGCAUGCAGAAGCCUCGGCCAUCGUGGAGUAUGCAUACAAUGACAAAGCCAUUUUAGAGCAGAGGAACAUGCUGACAGAGGAGCUCUACGGGAACACAUUUCAGCUGUACAAGACAGCAGAUCACCCAACUCUGGACAAAGUGUUAGAGGUACAGCCAGAAAAAUUAGAGCUUAUUAUGGAUGAAAUGAAACAGAUUCUAACUCCAAUGGCCCAAAAGGAAGCUGUGAUUAAGCACUCAUUAGUGCAUAAAGUAUUCUUGGACUUUUUUACCUAUGCACCCCCCAAACUCAGAUCAGAAAUGAUUGAAGCCAUCCGGGAAGCGGUGGUAUACCUGGCACACACACACGAUGGCGCUAGAGUGGCCAUGCACUGCCUGUGGCAUGGCACGCCCAAGGACAGGAAAGUGAUUGUGAAAACAAUGAAGACUUAUGUUGAAAAAAUAGCUAAUGGCCAAUACUCCCACUUGGUUUUACUGGCGGCAUUUGAUUGUAUUGAUGAUACUAAGCUCGUGAAGCAGAUAAUCAUAUCAGAAAUUAUUAGUUCCUUGCCUAACAUAGUAAAUGAUAAAUACGGAAGGAAGGUCCUGUUGUAUCUAUUAAGCCCCAGAGAUCCUGCACAUACAGUACGAGAAAUCAUUGAAGUUCUGCAAAAAGGAGAUGGAAAUGCACACAGUAAGAAAGAUACAGAGAUCCGCAGACGCGAGCUCUUAGAAUCCAUUUCUCCAGCUUUGCUGAGCUACCUGCAAGGGCAUGCCCAGGAGGUGGUGCUAGAUAAGUCUACCUGUGUGUUGGUUGCUGACAUCCUGGGAUCUGCGACCGGAGACUUUCAGCCUGCCAUGAAUGCCAUCGCCAGCUUGGCAGCAGCAGAACUGCAUCCUGGUGGCAAGGAGGGAGAGCUUCACAUUGCAGAACAUCCCGCAGGACAUCUAGUUCUGAAGUGGUUAAUAGAGCAAGAUAAAAAGAUGAAGGAAAAUGGAAGAGAAGGUUGUUUUGCAAAAACACUUGUAGAGCAUGUUGGUAUGAAGAACCUGAAGUCCUGGGCUAGUGUAAAUCGAGGUGCCAUUAUUCUUUCUAGCCUUCUCCAGAGUUCUGACCAAGAAGUUGCAAACAAAGUCAAAGCUGGACUGAAAAGCCUGAUUCCCACAUUGGAAAAAAACAAAAACACGAGCAAAGGAAUAGAAACUCUACUUGAAAAGCUGAGCGCGUAGGUGGCAAGAGCUGAGCGCAAGAUGAAAUACUUUUUCCCGUUCUCUGUUCUGUUUUCCCAGUGUGGAAGAGAAGGGCUGGAGUUCACCUGACUAGUAAUUUGGGUGCUCUGUAUAUGUGUUUCUUCUUUUAUAAGUAUCUAUUUAUAAAAUUGUUUCUAAAAAUUGUCUUUUUU